AUUCAGCACAUCCUCUAGAUUCAAGAUUGCCUUCAACGCUUCAAAAUUUACUACUACUUUCACCUUUUCUUUAUACUAUUUUAUUGAUAGUUCCUGCUUUUGAGAAUGGAAAAUUUCCUUACAAAAGCUUUAAGUCCAACAGGAGCACGUCGACUUUACUGGCUUGCAAUAUCGCCAUGCACUAAACAAGAGUUCUGGGAUCAUAUAAAUGGAAUUAAGCUCUGGUCGCCUGAAGAACCGAAUAGUGAAAAUCUGUUUUAUGAUAUUUUUUCGAUCGAGAUGUAUUUGAAAGCUGUGAAGCCAGAAAGUAAAUGGGUUGAGCUGCCACCCGAGGAUUUUUAUAUUGGAAUUGCUCAUUUAUUUGGGGAGGAUGAGCUUUUUGAGGAGGAUGAGCUUUUUGAGGAGGAUGAGCUUUUUGAGGAGGAUGAGCCUUUUGAGGAGAAUGAGCUUUUUGAUUUUUAAUAAAUUGGUUUGAGUGGGUAGUGUAGGUGUGAAUUAUUCGACUAUUGGAAGGGCGAUAUUCUUAAUGCGAUGGGGCUUUUUGGAAAUGUUAAGCCCGGCUUGAAAUUUAAUUUUGGUUGUGAGAUUAACUUAAUCGUUUGAAUGGCAUUCAAAUUGCUUUGUGCAAAGGGAGUUAAUUGCUUCGGUUUCCUUCAGCUCAUCCAACAUGAGGGUGUGUCA